AUGCCCAUCUCUGCCAGCGAUGGCGAUCAUCUGCGAGCCCGUAAGGGCGCGAAUGUGGGCGGCGGAGCAGACAUCGCAGCGGCAUUGGCCGACCAGUUUUCCAACGAGCCCGACUACGACCGAGAGGAAGAGGUCAAGCUGCGCUGGAAGCUGGAUCUACGCCUGAUCCCGAUCCUAUGGCUCAACAUCGUGCUGCCGGCGAUGGACAAGAUCACGCCAUCGACAGCGGCCCUAUAUGGCUUCCGUGAGGACCUCGACCUCAAGGGUGAGGAGUAUGCUUGGGUAGGGUCCGCAUUCUACUUCGGCUAUCUCCUGUGGUGCUUCCCCUCGGCGCAGAUCCUGCAGCGACUGCCUAUAGCAAAGUCAAUGUGCGCCGUCAUGACCAUCUGGGGUUUUGUCCUCAUCGGCGCCGGCUUUGCCCACAGUUUCAUCCCAAUGAUCAUCACACGAGUCCUCCUCGGUGCGCUCGAGGCACCCGUAGCACCUGGCAACUUCAUCAUCAUGACAAUGUGGUAUACCCGCGAGGAACAGCCGAUCCGCGCCGGCUUGUUCUAUACAGGCCUUGCAACGCUCAUCACUGGCACCUGUGGCUGGGCGGUAGGCUUCCUACCUCGAGAGUACGGCUGGCGCAGCUUCUUCUGGAUCACGGGUGGCGUGUCCAUCCUCUAUGGCGUCGUGGUCGGUAUUUUCCUGCCCGACAACCCCGUCAAAGCAAAGUUCAUCACGGAGCGCGAGCGUUUCGUGGCCAUUGAGCGCAUGCGAGCGGACCAAACCGGCAUCGAAAACAAGACGUUCAGCCGCACUCAGCUGUGGGAGGUAUUCAAGGACCCGAAGACCUGGCUCAUGUUCUUCUUCAACAUCUGGGUCUCCAUCCCCAACGGCGGCCUGACCAACUUCGCCCCGCUCAUCAUCAACGGAUUAGGAUUCUCGAGCCAGCGGUCCACCCUCCUCAUGAUGCCGACUGGCGUCAUCCAGACCCUCAGCAGCUACGUGUGCAAUUUUGGCGUCUACUACUGCGCUAAACGGUUCACGAACAUGCAGCUUCGCGGUGCCUUUGUCAUUGGCGGCCUGAUGGUUGGCAUGAUCGCUACCGUGCUGCUUUACACGUUGCCACUCGACAGCUACACUAGCCGUCUCCUGGCUUUGUACUGGUCAUACUUCUACCUCGGACCCUACAUUGUUGCUCUCGGCAUGAACAGCGCCAACACAGCCGGCCACACGAAGAAGGUUACACUCAACGCCGUCGUGUUCGGCGCCUACUGUGUCAGCAACAUCAUUGGACCACAAUUCUUCAAGUCUGCUCAGGCCCCGUUGUACCCGCUCGGGAUGGGUGCCAUGCUCGUGGCGUACGCUCUCAGCAUCGUGACCAUGAUGCUGUACAUGCUUUAUUGCUGGCGCGAGAAUCGCAGACGCGACAAGGUGGACGACACGGCCAGUGACCAGAGAGUGCACGCCGACACUGAUUUCCAGGAUCUGACGGACUUUGAGAACAUCCAUUUCAGAUACGUGUGGUAG